AUGUCGAAUAUGCAGCCCAGCAAGGGCAGCGGCAAAGAGCAGCCGGGUCUGCGCUACCCGACCAACGGCAAGACAAUCUACCACCGGCCCUUGAACCGAACCAAGACGGCCGAGCUCAGCGGCGCAAGCUUCGCCUACCUGUUCGCCGAGAUGGUGAGCUAUGCGUCCAAGAGGAUAGAGAGCAUCCAGGACCUAGAGAAGCGACUCAACGUGCAAGGCCACCCGAUCGGUCUGAAGCUCCUCGACCUUCUCCUCUACCGCGAGCCGGCGCGGUCGCAGACGCGGCCCCUCAACAUCAUCGCGCUGCUGCACUUCAUCAAGCUCAACGUGUGGCAGCACCUGUUCGGCGCGGCGGCCGACGGGCUGGAGAAGUCGUCGGACCCAGCGAAGCCUGACGAGUAUAUGAUCAUCGACAACGAGCCGCUCGUCAACCGCUACGUCAGCGUCCCCCGGGACAUGAGCCAGCUCAACUGCGCCGCCUACGUCGCGGGCAUUAUAGAGGGCGUCUGCGACGGCGCCGCGUUUCCCGCCCGCGUCACCGCCCACAGCGUCGGCCGCCAGGAGGACGGCGGCGCGAGUGGCGCCCCCGCCGAGAUGUGGCCCGGCCGCACCGUGUUCCUGGUCAAGUUCGCGCCCGAGGUCAUGGAGCGGGAGGGCUACCUGGGGAAGGGCUGA